AUGGCUUAUAAUCCCUCAGCAAAUGAUUUAGCCGAGGCCUUCAAUAAGACGAUUAUCAAGAUCCUGACCAAGCUGACCUCCAAUAGCAAGCGCGAUUGGAACGAGAAGCUUGGCGAAAGUUUAUGGGUGUAUCACACGACAGUUCACACACCGACCGGCACCACGCCUUACUCAUUGGUGUACGGCUACGAGGCCGUACUACCUCUGGAGAUUCAUAUUCCAUCCCUCCGCAUUACCCUCACAGUAGGAAUGACGCCUGAGGAUAGUCAUCAACAGCAUCUUGCAAAACUUGAAGCGCUAUAUGAGAAGCGGCUUGAAGCUCAGCAGCACAUUAAGUUCUACCAAGCCCGAAUAACCAAGGCUUUCGAUAAGAAAGUCAAAUACCGAUCCUUCAAGGAAGGAGAGCUGGUCAUCGCUAUUCGACGACCGAUGAUUCUCAACUCUAAGAAGAAGGGCAAGUUUCAACCUAAAUGGGAAGGACCACUCAUGAUAGAGACAAUCUAUUUGAAUGGAGCAUAUCGCCUCGUCAAACCAAAUGGCGAUAAGUUCAUGAUGCCUAUCAAUGGAUGGAUAGAAGCUCACAUAGGUGAUGUUACAUCCCACACAUGGAAGGAUUUGAUGAAACAAGCUGAGAUAGCAGAAAAAUCAUUUGAACAUUUCAAUAAAUUGGAGCCUCACGCUAACUUCAAAGGCAACAAAGACAAACAGGAGCAGACUUCCCAAUCAAAAGCCAAAGAGACUUUCACGGUCGAGGUCCAAAAUCCUAGCAACUAG